CAAAUGACAAAUGAAAUGAUUGGCGAGCCAUAAAAUGAGAUUUGAAACUCUUUCAAAUAAGAGAUCGCGACGUCAGAGCCCUUAUCCAUACGGAAUAAAGCGGCAAGAGAGGAAAAAAGGGAGCACAAAAAUAUAAGCUAAGCGAGGGAGAUAGAGAGAGAAAGAGAGAGAGAGAGGAGUGAACAUGGGGGAGAGACUUGAGAAAUAGGAGGAGCUUCUGGGCGACUAGAAAUGUCAAUCAGAGCAAAAGGCGUCCCAAUAAUCUAAAGCAAUCUGUAAGGACCUGACCUUAGUCCAUUCAGAUCAAUAGGGAAGCGAGGGAGGGACGCGGCCGGCGGAACGUUUACGCGCGGCCCGUUUGCGGAGGAAAUAUAGACUUCCCUUACACUUUUGUGCGCAUUGGAUAUCGUAGAGCGCAUCGAGAAAGAAAGAAAGCGAUUUUUUUUGUGUGUGUGCGCGUUUGUGUGUGCGUAUGCGUGUGCGUGUGCGCGAUUUCAGCAGACAGUUGGGUGUUUUUUCCCCCUUCGUUCCCCAACUACAAUGUCUUUCCCACAGUUGGGAUACCAGUACAUCCGUCCGAUCUACCCGCAAGACCGGCAAGGGAUCAGCAGUGCGCGCAGCGGGAGCGAGCUGAGUCCGUCCGGCGCGCUCUCCAACGUUCUUUCCAGCAUGUACGGAUCACCUUUCACCGCCGCCGCACACACCUACGGAGCGUUUCUUCCCUAUUCAAACGACCUGUCUAUUUUCAGUCAGUUGGGAGCUCAGUAUGAGCUAAAAGACAGUCCAGGUGUCCAGCACCCAGCAUUUGCCCAUCCUCACCCUGCUUUCUAUCCUUACGGCCAGUACCAGUUUGGAGAUCCGUCCAGACCCAAAAAUGCCACCAGGGAGAGCACAAGUACGCUGAAGGCCUGGCUCAGCGAACACCGCAAGAACCCGUAUCCCACCAAGGGAGAGAAGAUCAUGCUGGCCAUCAUCACUAAAAUGACCCUCACCCAAGUGUCCACCUGGUUCGCCAACGCCCGGAGGAGACUGAAGAAAGAGAACAAAAUGACCUGGACCCCGCGAAACCGCACUGACGAAGAGGGCAACGUGUACGGCAGCGACCACGAAGGCGAGGACGGCGACAAGCGCGAGGACGAGGAAGAGAUCGACUUGGAGAACAUCGACACGGAGCACAUCGAGAGCAAGGACGAGCUGGACGAGCAGGACGAGCUCCACUCGGACUCGAAGCUGGACGCCAGCUGCGACUCGGAAAUCUCGGACGGCUAUGAGGAUUUACAGGGGCCCGAGCCGAAGCUUUUAAAAGCCGUGGCCCAAGAGGGCAAAGAUGCGCACGGGGAUGGAGACGCUGAUCGCCCAGAUCACUUUCACCACCACCAUCACCACCUCCAUCACCACCACCACCAUCACCUUGAUCAUUCAUUAGACCUCAAAACGCAGCCUGCGAACAGUGAGCAGAUCAAACUCAACCCGGUAUCCAACUCUCCCCCGGUCGAGAACAACGCAGCCCCGGUGCAAAAACCUAAGAUCUGGUCAUUGGCAGAGACAGCCACGAGCCCGGACAAUCCCCGUAAAUCUCCACUCGUGAACGGGAGCUCAUCCCAGGCCGUCAUGCCUCCUCAUAGACUUGUUUCAUGCCCGGUGGGCAAACUGCAGAACUGGACGAGCCGUGCGUUCUCGGCGCACCAACUCGCGCUGCUCAACUCAAAUCAUUAUUUAGGACUGGCCAAUCAGGCUUCAGCCAACAACCUCGCGCUGUACACGGGCAACAGGCACACGGAAGAGCGCAAUGUCAGCUCAGAGACUGCACACACAGGUACAUCACAUCCCCCUCACUGAGACUGUGUCCACAUUUGAAUAGUCCCCGUGAACAUGUCCAUUACGAACACUGUUUUCGUUUUCCUAUCCAGUGCAUAUAAAUAUAUAAAUAUAAAUAUUUUUUGUUGUUGUUGUUCUAUAAAAUUCCAUGCUUUCAAAGAUUUAAAAAGCUAAAAACACUUGUAUACUGAAAGGAGCAUGCGCAUUUAACUACGAGAGGGGAAGAAAAGCAGCAAAAAAAAAACUCUUCAUGUUUUGUCAAGGCUGUUUAUAAAAAAAAAUCACAAACUCGAGCAGUGUAAAACUUUCACCCAAAGUUUACCUACAUUAAGGUAUUCAGAUUAAUUAUAUUAUGGUUAUUGCUGUUAUUUCACAGAGAUCUAGUGCCUUGAAAGCAAAGAGAAAGUUUAAUACAGCCUUCAUAAUUACAAACUGUAUUUUGGAUUUUUUUUUUUUCAGUUCAAAACAAUAAUUAUAAUUAUGAUCAUCAAUUUUAUUUCGUUUAGGUAAUUGUGUAUUGGAUAGCCAAAUGAGUUCCAACCAGAUUUUCAUACUGUGCGUUUUUUUCUCUUGUGUAGUUAAAUGUCCAAUGUCAAAACGAGGGUACAAAUAUCCCUAACGCGUCGUUUGGCAAUAAUUAAACAAAGAAAAACAAACAAACAAACAAAAAACAGGCUACAAAAAUAAGUCCUUCCCAACAUCCAUAAUUAAUUUGCUAUUUAAACUUUCAUUUUCUUGUUCCCAAUUCUUUUCUAACUUUCCCAUGUCUACAGGCCUCAGACCAACCUGAAGCUGCCAUGUUAUUAUCCAAACCUCUUUUAUCCCCAUUUCCCCAUAGAGGCUUUUUUUUUUUUUUAUAAACCUUCAUUUUAACCAGUCGUAAGGAAUGUAAAAUGAAUAACACACCCUGUGUACUUACCUUGUAAGCAUGUCCUUGUGUAUAAUUGCUAAUGCAAUGCUGUAAAAAAUUGUAGUCUGUGAGUUUUUUUUUUCUUCCUCUUUUUUUUCUUUUGUUUUGUGAGGAUUCGAUGUUGCAAUGUUUUGUAUAUAUAUAACGUAAGAAAAUGUACAUACUUGUGAUCCGAAAUUGUACAAGAAAGUCUAUAUUUUUGGCUAAUAAAUGAACUGCGGCAACUUAAACACAACAAAUACAAUGUUUUAAUUUGAU